CUCCGCUGCUCAUCGCUUUGCUUUUUGGGCUCCGCGUGAGGCGUUUGCAACAUGAUUAAGGGACAGCCCAAAGUGGGGGCGGGAUGUAACCACAACUUAUUUCCUGGUCGGCGACAACAACACUCCAAGGAUGAACGUGGGCGUGGCUCACAGCGAGGUGAACCCCAACACGCAGGUGAUGAACAGCCGCGGCAUCUGGCUGGCGUACCUGCUGCUGACGGUGGCGCUGCACGUGGUCCUGCUCAGCAUCCCCUUCUUCACCGUGCCGCUCGUGUGGACCCUCACCAACGUCAUACACAACCUGGCGAUGUACCUGUUCCUGCACACGGUGAAGGGCACCCCCUUCGAGACCCCCGAUCAGGGCAAAGCCCGUCUGCUCACCCACUGGGAACAGAUGGACUACGGCGUCCAGUUCACGGCGUCGCGCAAGUUCCUCACCAUCUCGCCGAUUGUUCUGUACAUCCUGGCCAGCUUCUACACAAAGUACGACGCGACGCAUUUCCUGAUCAACACGUGCUCGCUCUCGAGCGUCCUCCUGCCAAAGCUGCCCCAGUUCCACGGAGUGCGAAUAUUCGGGAUCAACAAAUACUGACACAGAACCAAACGGACGCUGGAACGUACCAACUACAAACAUUUUUUUUUUAAGGUUAUUACCGUAAUUUCCGGCCUAUAAGCACGCUUCCAACCCUGCGGUUUAUGCGGUGAUGCAGCUAAUUUCUGCAUUUUUUUUCCUAGCGGCCGCAAGGGGGCACUCGAGCAGAAAAGUGGAAUAUAUGUGCCAGGGAAGUGACUUUUACCGGUAUGGUUUUUUUUGUUUGUUUUUUUUUAGUGGCCCUGUUACCCCUGCGUUAGCGAUGGGCUAGCAUAUUGCUGCUGUGUUACUGCCGUGUCUCAGUUAUUUUUAUCGGUAUUUUUUUUUUUACGGCCCUGUUAGCGCCAGUGCCUUUCAAUCUUCCCCCUCGCUAAUCAUUCCUGGUCCUUUUACCGGUCCGGCCCUGUUAGUGCCGUGCUAGCGUGUUACCGGCGUGUCUCAGUGAUUUUUACCGGUAUGUUUUUUUUUUUUUUUUUUUUACUGGCCCCGUUAGCGUGGCGCUAGCAUUAGCACAGCUGUGCUAGCGUUAAACUCUCUGUGUACCGUCUUUGUAAACAUCUCGUGUUUCAAUGUGGGCACUUGCGGCUUUUACACGGCUGCGGCGUAUGUAUGCACCAAAUGGUAUUUCCUUUACAAAUGUACUCGGUGAGGUUUAUAAUCCAGUACGCUGCGUAGGCCGGAAAUUACGGUACUCGUGUCUGAAAUCUCUCCGCGCUGUCUGUGUGGAGCCAUAAUUGGAAGCGCUGAUUGUGCUGCUCGCUUCAUGCAAAUGUUAUGAUUCUUAUUUUAUCGGGGGGGGGGGGGGGAAUAAUUCAGUGACAUCAUUUUGGUCUUACUGUGGACGAAGCGACACUUUUAAACCCGCAGAUUUGACCACAACCUUUGGACUGUUGCUCACUUUGAGUCCCUUUUUGCCCGAUGUCUGUUGUGCAUAUGAUGAUCUUGAAAGGUGAUAUGAAAGGAUGUGUGCAUAUCAGGAAAGGCUCCAAGUUUGAAAACUGUACACUUGGGACUAUUAAUGUGAAUUGUUUUUGGGGGUGGGGGUGGGGCUUUUCCCAUUCAUUGUGGCAUUCCAGCUUUUUGUUUUCCCCCAGCUGUUCAGUGAAGGAUUCUCGUUUUACACAUCAGCAAUCAAGCUUGACUUUAUGAUAGUCAUUUGAUUUUACUGUUCCGAAAAUCAGCAGUGAAUGAUUGCGAUUAUCGCGGGCCACAUCGUAGUCAGGAAUUACCCCCAAAUUUACGACUGUGAAAUGCAUUUAACUGUAUACGGCGGUAUCUCUACUUACAAACGUCUCUAGUAAUGAAAAAUUCAGGUUACAAAACACCUUGGAAAAAUAUGUCUAGUUAUGAAAGAGAUUCAGGAUAUGAAAGGAAAAAAAUUAGCGCUGGAUGACGCCGUUUACAGAUAAAAAUGCGCUUCUCCUUACGAAAAAUCCACGUUAUGAAAUGACUUCUGGAACAGAUUAAUUUUGUAAGUAGAGGUACCACUGGAAUAUUAUGAUUAUUUGAUAACCACAUUUGCUUUAGAAUUUAUUAUGGAGCUCUGGAGAAAAUUGAGAGACCAAAUUACCACUGGUCCUUUUUUUGUUUU